AUGAAAAGGUCCACGUUGCUGUCGCUGGACGCAUUCGCUAAGACCGAAGAGGACGUACGAGUCCGCACCAGGGCCGGCGGGCUGAUCACUUUAUCGUGCAUCUUGACCACGUUAUUUCUGCUGGUGAACGAGUGGGGACAGUUCAAUUCUGUGGUAACAAGGCCACAAUUGGUGGUGGACCGUGACCGACACGCAAAGCUGGAGCUUAAUAUGGAUGUGACAUUUCCAUCGAUGCCAUGUGACCUGGUGAAUCUCGAUAUUAUGGACGACUCUGGAGAGAUGCAACUAGACAUUCUUGACGCAGGGUUCACGAUGUCUAGGUUGAAUAGCGAGGGUCGCCCCGUGGGAGAUGCUACUGAGUUGCAUGUGGGUGGGAACGGCGACGGAACCGCGCCGGUUAAUAACGAUCCUAACUAUUGUGGGCCAUGUUACGGUGCCAAAGAUCAGUCGCAGAAUGAGAAUCUAGCACAGGAAGAGAAGGUUUGCUGCCAAGACUGUGAUGCAGUGAGAUCAGCAUACUUGGAGGCAGGCUGGGCUUUUUUCGACGGGAAGAAUAUCGAGCAGUGUGAAAGAGAGGGCUAUGUCAGCAAGAUUAACGAGCACUUGAAUGAAGGCUGCAGGAUCAAAGGUUCUGCACAAAUUAACAGAAUUCAGGGGAAUCUUCACUUUGCCCCUGGAAAACCCUACCAGAAUGCAUAUGGACAUUUUCAUGAUACUUCUUUGUACGACAAGACUUCGAAUUUGAACUUCAACCACAUCAUCAAUCAUUUGAGCUUUGGGAAGCCGAUCCAGUCCCACAGUAAGUUGUUAGGAAACGAUAAGCGCCACGGCGGCGCCGUAGUUGCCACUUCUCCCUUGGACGGACGCCAGGUGUUCCCGGACAGGAACACACACUUUCACCAGUUCUCGUAUUUUGCCAAGAUUGUCCCCACCAGAUAUGAGUACUUGGAUAAUGUUGUCAUUGAGACCGCGCAGUUCAGCGCCACUUUUCAUUCCCGACCUCUUGCCGGUGGAAGGGACAAGGAUCAUCCAAACACACUUCACGUUAGGGGUGGUAUCCCUGGUAUGUUCGUCUUUUUCGAAAUGUCUCCAUUGAAAGUCAUCAAUAAGGAACAGCACGGGCAGACUUGGUCGGGCUUCAUCUUGAAUUGUAUCACCAGCAUUGGUGGUGUCCUAGCUGUGGGCACUGUCAUGGACAAGCUAUUCUACAAAGCACAGAGAUCGAUCUGGGGCAAGAAGAGCCAGUAG